GAAGUUGGAACCAAGCUUCUAUGUGAUGCAAAAAAAAUUCUUCAAUAGAAACAUCUGAUCGAUCUGAACUCUCACCAGCUCACUGUCAAAGCGUUACGACGUCUCCCUUCAAAGAAGACAAAUCAUUGUCACAUAACUAUAACCAUCUUGAUGUCCCGGUCGAGCUUGGCAAAGAAGCUUCACCUCGCUAAGAAGGCCUGGAAGAGCUUCAACCUCGCGUUCCAAUCCAAACUUCACAAGCUCAAGACCUCCAAAGUCAUCACAACCACCACUCGCCGCCUCCGAGCCCUGCGCACCUUUCGCUUCCCUUUUCCCUUCAAACGCUACCCUCUACCUAGACCCUCCUACACCUACAGCCAACAUUACCAUUACAGCCGUCACAACCACAGCCAGUCCCAUAAGAUGAACUUCGCUGCUAUACACAUAGACGAGCUCUUUGAGGGGCCUGCUGCCUCGGUGAACAGAAACACUCUGCACGCGCGCGCAGAAACAAGUAAAGGUAAACAAAUGAUUGACGAAAGGAGUUUGCCCAAAAGGAGCAAGAGCAUACACAGUGUUGAGGACGCAUGGGAAGCGGUCAUUGCUUCGUCGCCACAACUGCGAAAUGUGGAUGAAAGGGCGGAGGAGUUCAUCUCCAAGUUUCGCGAAGAUAUGAAGCUCCAGAAGGAAAGAUCUUUCCAGGAGAUGUUGGAGCGCAGUGCCUAAAUUUGGUUUUCUCUUUUUUACUAUAAAAAAAAAAAAAUAUUGGGUUAUUUUUU